GAGGGCAUCCCUCCGGACCAGCAGCGCCUGAUCUUCGCCGGUAAGCAGCUGGAGGACGGGCGCACGUUGUCGGACUAUAACAUCCAGAAGGAGUCCACGCUUCACCUCGUGCUGCGCCUGCGCGGAGGCAUGCAGAUCUUCGUGAAGACGCUGACGGGCAAGACCAUCACGCUGGAUGUGGAGGCGUCUGAUACAAUCGACAACGUGAAGGCGAAGAUCCAGGACAAGGAGGGCAUCCCUCCGGACCAGCAGCGCCUGAUCUUCGCCGGCAAGCAGCUGGAGGACGGGCGCACGCUGUCGGACUAUAACAUCCAGAAGGAGUCCACGCUGCACCUCGUGCUGCGCCUGCGCGGAGGCAUGCAGAUCUUCGUGAAGACGCUGACAGGCAAGACCAUCACGCUGGAUGUGGAGGCCUCUGACACAAUCGACAACGUCAAGGCGAAGAUCCAGGACAAGGAGGGCAUCCCUCCGGACCAGCAGCGCCUGAUCUUCGCCGGCAAGCAGCUGGAGGACGGGCGCACGUUGUCGGACUAUAACAUCCAGAAGGAGUCCACGCUGCACCUCGUGCUGCGCCUGCGCGGAGGCAUGCAGAUCUUCGUGAAGACGCUGACGGGCAAGACCAUCACGCUGGAUGUGGAGGCCUCUGACACAAUCGACAACGUGAAGGCGAAGAUCCAGGACAAGGAGGGCAUCCCUCCGGACCAGCAGCGCCUGAUCUUCGCCGGGAAGCAGCUGGAGGACGGGCGCACGCUGUCGGACUAUAACAUCCAGAAGGAGUCCACGCUGCACCUCGUGCUGCGCCUGCGCGGAGGCAUGCAGAUCUUCGUGAAGACGCUGACGGGCAAGACCAUCACGCUGGAUGUGGAAGCCUCUGACACAAUCGACAACGUGAAGGCGAAGAUCCAGGACAAGGAGGGCAUCCCUCCGGACCAGCAGCGCCUGAUCUUCGCCGGCAAGCAGCUGGAGGACGGGCGCACGCUGUCGGACUAUAACAUCCAGAAGGAGUCCACGCUGCACCUCGUGCUGCGCCUGCGCGGAGGCAUGCAGAUCUUCGUGAAGACGCUGACGGGCAAGACCAUCACCCUUGAUGUGGAAGCCUCUGACACAAUUGACAACGUGAAGGCGAAGAUCCAGGACAAGGAGGGCAUCCCUCCGGACCAGCAGCGCCUGAUCUUUGCGGGGAAGCAGCUGGAGGACGGGCGCACGCUGUCUGACUAUAACAUCCAGAAGAGUCCACGCUUCACCUCGUGCUGCGCCUGCGCGGAGGCAUGCAGAUCUUCGUGA